CACCUUUUUUCCCCCCCAUCUCUCUCUCCUCCUUCCUAUCCGUGCUUUGGGGCAGCUCCCAAAGCAGCACAAUUUCCCUUCAAUUUCUGGGGUCAAACCUCAUCCUUCCAGCCCUACAAUGCAGGGGAAGGGGGGAGGUUGGUGAUGCCACACUCACUGUCCCCCAUCAAUGCAAGGAUUUGAUUUUCACCCUUUUUUCACCUUUUUUCCCUCCCCAUCUCUCUCUCCUCCUUCCUAUCCAUGCUGUCAUGGGGCAGCUCCCAAAGCAGCACAAUUUCCCUUCUAUUUCUGGGGUCAAACUUCAUCCUUCCAGCCCUACGAUGCAAGGGAAGGGGGGAGGUUGGUGAUGCCACACUCACUGUCCUCCAUCAAUGCAAGGAUUUCCACCCUUUUCUCACCUUUUUUCCCCCCCAUCUCUCUCUCCUCCUUCCUAUCCAUGCUGCCAUGGGGCAGCUCCCAAAGCAGAACAAUUUCCCUUCUGUUUUUGGGGUCAAACCUCAUCCUUCCAGCCCUACGAUGCAGGGGAAGGGGGGAGGUUGGUGAUGCCACACUCACUGUCCCCCAUCAAUGCAAGGAGAGGGGAGGUUGGCAAUGUCACCCCCGCCGCCCCCCAUCGAUGCCCCCCACUUUCUGGCAGGGUGAUGCUGAAUUCAACCGCAUCAUGAGCCUGGUGGAUCCCAACGGCAGCGGCAGCGUCACCUUCCAGGCUUUCAUUGACUUCAUGUCCCGUGAGACCACCGACACCGACACGGCCGACCAGGUCAUUGCAUCCUUCAAAGUGUUGGCUGGGGAUAAGAAUUACAUCACAGCAGAGGAGCUGCGCCGCGAGCUUCCCCCCGAGCAAGCCGAAUAUUGCAUCGCCCGCAUGGCUCCGUACCGCGGCCCCGACGCCACCCCAGGUGCCCUGGACUACAAAUCCUUCUCCACCGCCCUCUAUGGGGAGAGCGACCUCUGAGCUGCCCCCCCCCCC